AUGACUUCUGUGAGACAUGUGGUGGUGAAGCAUUCUGUGGAGUCUGUACUGUAUGUAACAGUAAGACAAAUGAAAGAAGUAAAUGGUAAGUGGUUUGGUGAGGUGAAGACAGAUGUGAAGGCCAGCAAAGCCUUAUCUUGGCUGCUCCGCCAUGGUGCUGAGAAAGAAGGUUUAGUUAUUAAGCCAGGAGGUUGGAUCAGACUGGAUGAUAUACAGAAAAGACCAAAUUUUAAAAAGUUUACUGUUGACAAAGUGAAGGAGUUGGUAAACAACUGUCCUAAGCAGCGUUUUGCUCUCAAAGAAGAAGAAGGUCUUUUGUAUAUCAAGGCCAAUCAAGGACAUUCAUUAAAGGUGUGUCCAGAUAUUCAUUGUGUACAUUCAUCCUGUAAUGUUUAA